CCGCCCGGCCGGCCCGCCUGAGAGGGGGUGGGGGCACGAGAAGGGGAGGGCUGGGGGUGGAAAAGGGCGAGCCCCUCUCGCCCCGGACGGGGCAGAGCGGCGGCGGCGCCGGCGAGCCCGCAGGCGAGGCAGUGCCAUGCUGCCUUUGUGCAAAGUUGGGCGGCGGGCGGCACGCCGCGCGCAGGGACCCCGCACACCCGCGACCGCGCGCAGCCGUGGCUGCUGCUGAGUAGCGGGGGCCCCCCCGCUCCCCCCAGCCCUUGAAGGCGGAGAGAGCUCGCGUCUCGCUCGGCUUCAGGGUAAGUCCAGCUGUGAGCAGGGUGUUCUGUUCUUCACUUCCAGCAAGCCAGCACUUGAUAGCUACCCUGGCCUAAAUUACAUCUCCGGGAAGUGUUUCAUCACCCUCCUCUCCCCAGCUGCCACACUUCAUCAUGUGGCACUUGCUGCCCUGCUUUGGAUUUUUGAAACCAAGUCUUUGGCAACAGAGCCUAUUCAUCACAUACAUGGAGGAAAGGUGGAUCCGUGCUGCAGAAUCACAGGCUGAGAGGCUGUGUAGUUUUUGCAUUUGGGCCUAUUGAGACAUUAGUUCCUUUGCUAUAAGUCAAGGGAGCUGAAUGACCGGGAGCUCCAAGAUGAUAUUGUUGAUGAGUGGGAUGACUGCUCAGAAUUGAAAGAAAGGUUCCAGAAACAGCAAGCUGGGUUCCUAACAUAUGAAAGAUACUUCACAUAAAGCUCUAAAGAGUUUUAUAAAUGGACACUGACAUGGACUACGAAAGACCCAACGUUGAAACCAUCAAGUGUGUGGUCGUGGGAGACAAUGCCGUGGGGAAGACUCGCUUGAUCUGUGCCAGAGCAUGUAACACGACGUUAACACAGUAUCAGCUGCUGGCCACCCAUGUACCAACCGUGUGGGCGAUUGACCAGUACCGGGUCUGCCAGGAGGUCUUGGAGCGUUCCCGGGAUGUUGUUGAUGAAGUGAGCGUUUCUCUCAGGCUUUGGGAUACUUUUGGCGAUCAUCACAAAGACAGGCGUUUUGCAUAUGGCAGGUCUGAUGUUGUGGUCCUCUGUUUUUCCAUCGCUAAUCCCAAUUCCCUAAAUCAUGUGAAAACCAUGUGGUAUCAAGAAAUCAAGCACUUUUGCCCUCGCACACCUGUUGUCCUAGUUGGCUGCCAGCUAGAUCUCCGCUAUGCUGAUCUUGAAGCUGUUAAUCGAGCCAGACGCCCUUUAGCGAGGCCCAUAAAGAGAGGGGAUAUCCUGCCCCCAGAGAAAGGCCGAGAGGUGGCAAAGGAACUUGGUAUACCGUACUAUGAAACGAGCGUGUUUGACCAGUUUGGGAUCAAGGAUGUGUUUGACAACGCAAUCCGAGCCGCGCUCAUUGCCCGCCGGCACCUGCAGUUCUGGAAAUCCCACUUAAAGAAAGUUCAGAAACCUUUACUGCAGGCACCAUUCCUACCUCCAAAAGCCCCUCCACCGGUCAUCAGAGUUCCAGAAUGUCCAUCCACGGGGACGAACGAAGCUGCCUGUUUACUGGACAGUCCUCUGUGUGCCGACGUCCUGUUCAUCCUUCAGGACCAGGAGCACAUCUUUGCACACCGAAUUUACCUCGCUACCUCCUCUUCCAAGUUUUAUGAUCUUUUUUUAAUGGAAUGUGAAGAAACACCAAAUGGGAGCAAAGGAGCUUGUGAGAAAGAGAAGCAGAGCAGGGAUUUUGAGGGGCAGGCAUUGAGUGUUGACCCAGAUGAGGAGAAGGAGGAGGGCACCCCAAGGACACCUCAGGCCAAUCAGUGGAAGUCCUCGAGCCAGAACCUGUUCCAACAGGAGACUCUGGGGCUGGAAGCCGAGGGCUCGAUCCCAGAGACGCAGACUUUGUCAGGCUGGAGUAAAGGGUUUGUUGGAAUGCACAAGGAAAUGCAAGUCAAUCCCAUUUCAAAGCGGGUGGGCCCCAUGACUGUGGUCAGGAUGGACUCGUCGGUUCAGCCAGGCCCUUUCCGGACCCUGCUCCAGUUUCUGUAUACGGGGCAACUGGAUGAAAAGGAAAAGGAUUUGGUGGGCCUGGCUCAGAUUGCAGAGGUCCUGGAGAUGUUUGAUUUGAGGAUGAUGGUGGAAAACAUCAUGAACAAGGAAGCCUUCAUGAACCAGGAGAUCACGAAAGCGUUUCACGUCAGGAAGGCCAAUCGGAUAAAAGAGUGUCUCAGCAAGGGGACAUUUUCAGAUGUGACAUUUAAGUUGGAUGAUGGAGCCAUCAGUGCCCACAAACCGCUGCUGAUCUGUAGCUGCAAGUGGAUGGCUGCCAUGUUCGGGGGGUCAUUUGUGGAAAGCGCCAACAGCGAGGUAUAUCUGCCGAACAUAAACAAGAUAUCAAUGCAGGCGGUGUUGGAUUAUCUCUAUACCAAGCAGUUGUCACCUAACUUGGACCUGGACCCACUGGAAUUAAUUGCCUUGGCAAACAGAUUUUGCCUGCCACACUUGGUUGCACUUGCAGGAGGCUGCAGUAGUUCUCCUUUUCAGAAGUAUGAGUUCCAGUCCAAUCGACCAUCCACACUUAUCCCAGAGCAGCACGCCGUUCAAGAGCUGACCAAGUCCGCAAUGAAUGGCGUGGGCAUUGAUGGGGAAGUACUCUCUUAUUUGGAAUUGGCCCAGUUUCACAAUGCCCACCAGUUGGCCGCCUGGUGUUUGCACCACAUCUGCACCAACUACAACAGUGUUUGUUCCAAGUUCCGCAAGGAAAUCAAAUCAAAAUCUGCAGACAACCAGGAAUACUUUGAGCGGCACCGCUGGCCCCCUGUGUGGUACCUGAAGGAAGAAGACCACUACCAGCGUGUGAAAAGGGAAAGAGAGAAGGAAGAUAUUGCACUAAAUAAACAUCACUCAAGAAGAAAGUGGUGCUUCUGGAAUUCAUCUCCAGCAGUUGCCUGAGGAGGAAAAACAUAAAAGAUCGAUCAUGUGACCCACCACUUUUCAAAGCACUACUGUAAAAUUAGUCUUCCUGUUAGAGAUAAGCUGUAGUUCAGGUUUCAGGCACUGAUCUUCCUCCACUGUCGUGCAUUUAUCUUUGUGGGGAUCAAAGCACAAGCUCACCAUCAACGAGCCUGGACAAGAAGGGAAGUUGACGCUCACUGCAUUCCUUACACUUACGUGUGUAUUUUUUGUUAGAAGGCUUAAUAAACUCUAGCCUGUUUUUUCGUUUCUUUUUAUACAAAGGAAAAAAAAAAUUCAGCUUUCAUGUUUCAAAUUCCAAAUUGGAAAAUAUUUUUAUAUGGUCUCUUGUAUUUUGUUGAAAUGAAAAUACUAUGUAUUACUUUAUUUUACAGGCCACAAAUUAACCAUGAAGUCGCCCUGUGCUUCUCUUUGCCCGUGACCACGAAGCAUUAUGACAUAAUUAGAGGGUUAUCCUGUUGUUGUGAAGUAAAGGGUUGGAAGGAAAUUCCCCGAAGUGCAAGCUAGAGAGGGUUUAAUCUUUGUUCUGCCAAAUAACAUCGGUAUAAUUACCAAGUCAACUCCAAGAAUGUGUAUUUACGAUAUUUGCUGUGUAAGUGCUAGUAAUUAUAUGGUUAUAUGUGCCAUGUAAAAUAUAGUGAUAUCAAAUCUUCUGUUGUUUAGAAUAUCUAGAUUCAAGAGGAUAAUCUUUAUAAUCAUUAGAAGGGCUUAUUAAACCCCAGCAUUAUCCAGGGCAAACCCACUGGUGGACCUGAAUACAAAAAAUGCCGUUCGAGCAUUAGCGUUUGGAUUGCUGUGUUAGAGUUUAUGUCUCAGUGUUCCUUGAUCUUGCCAUGCUUCUGCAUGCAGAUUCUCCACGGACUUGAAUCGAGAUGGGCAAGGGAAAGGGUCCCCAGACUCUGUCCCGUUGUCUGCAGGCUUGUCACAUCUCACCACCUGAAACAGGCUUCCUCAGGUCUCUCACCUGCGGCCAACUUCACUUUGUAAGACACGUAUUUUUAACUCUUCCCAGGGAAAAUUCACGUCGCUGCAGAAGUAGGCUAAGGCAGACACCCCCCCUUGCUGAAACUCAGCGGGGCCUGUGAAAGCACAAAGCUGGAGGCUGGGUCGUCUAGGGUCCCUGAAUUCUCCAACGCAGACAGGAAUCUCAUUCCAAGAGUCUAAGAAAUGGUGCUAUUGUAAGUUACUUCUGACCUUUGUCCUUGAGUUUUCAGUGUUAAAAUAGAAAGUACUGAGCAGGGGAGCUUUCAAGCGGCAGUCAAUCAUUGCUUCUCUGUAAAUUAAAAUGUUACAGCACUCGUAUAGAGCAUUUGAAGGCCAUAGCUCCUUACCUGCCGUGGAAUGUUGUGUGGCGGGCGCUAGGGCUUUUCCUAUUGAGAGGUCAACUUGCUGCUGCUAAAGGCUGUUGGGUUUUUUUUCUAGCUUUCAGAAGUUGGAAAAGUGACAGUUGAGUGCAAACCCCAAUGUUGACAGCCAUAUGCAUUUGAAAAUCUAUCCAGAUUACAGAUGGGCAUUUAUUACUGACAGUGGAUACAUACCAGAUAUGAGUUAGGAGAGGCCCCUAUAGGUAUCACCCUCUCGUGCAAAGGAAGAGUAGGGAUAGAUGAUUAUGAAUGCAUCUAUGUUAAUUUUUGGUCAAUGAGGUUGUAAAUCAUUAAUGGAAGGAGAAAAGAGAUAGAAUGAGAGGGUAAAUGUCAAGACUCAGGAAGAAUUGGCGUAUAUCCCAUCAUGAAAUGGUAGAAGUUGAGUUUUCAGUGAGUAGUCAGGGUUGAAUUUACACAACCAAAGCUCCCAUUUGAUUGUAAUCUUUGCCAAACGUAAUGGACAUAUAAAUUAACCUGGGGUAUAAGCAAUAAUAUCCACUAGUGUUUGUUAUCAGCUACUGUAACCAAGUGGCUGGCUCAUUUGGUUGAUGCUGAUUAUGGCCUUUAACCAUGGUGGUUUGUUUUGUGUUUUUUAUUUCACAGAAAGCCAAUAAAAUUGUUUAGCUAUAAAA